CAGGACCAACACUCCUCCGGGGCGCAGGACGCAGGACGCACGGAGGACACACUUUAACAAAAGUCGGUGUCUCGACGUUUAACUCUCUAAUUUGCUUUUUGGUUUUCUGUGUCGCGACAGGGUGACAGUUUUCUCUGUAGCGAGACAUGACGCGCGGACAUCACAGGACAUCACAGCAGUGCGCGCGCCACGCUCUGGAUCCAUAAUGUGAAGAAUCUGUGUCGGAAUAAACGAGGACGCUGCGUAAAGGAAAAGCUGCAGUCUUCCCAGUUUGACCAGGUCGUUUUAAUCCAAUCGCUCCAAAAGUACAGAAUGGGACCAUCAUCUGUUCUGCUUCUCCUCGCCGUUCUGGGCUGGGCUGAAGGUUCCUCUCAUCACUACUCAGACUCCAGUCGUCUGUCCCUGGAGAAAAGCUUCGGCCGCUCGCUCAAAGACUCUCAGUGUCAGCACAUGCUCAAACACCUUCACAAUGGAGCCAGGAUCACUGUGCAGAUGCCUCCUAAUGUGGAGGGUCACUGGGUGUCCACCAGCUGUGAGGUGAGACCAGGACCUGAGUUCUUGACACGCUCCUACAGUUUCUACCCCAACAACACCUUCCAGGCUCACCAGUUCUAUUACGAGGACAACCACUGCACCAGACCCACCUACACUCUGCUAAUCAGCGGCCGCCUGCGCCUACGCCAGGCCUCCUGGAUCAUCCGCGGGGGCACAGAGGCGGAGUACCAUCUCCACCGCGUUCAGAUGGUGUGUCACACAGUCGCAGUGGCCAAAGAGCUCAGCCAGAGGCUUAACCACAGCUGCCGGGGAGCAGUGCGGGGCCCCUGGGAGCCCAGUGUCAUCUACGAGCUGUGGAGUGAGGAGGGCGGCUACGACUGCUCCAGGGAGCUCAACUUUGCCAUGCAUGAGCUGCAGCUGCUGAGGGUGGAGAAGCAGUACCUGCAUCACAACCUGGAUCACCUGGUGGAGGAGCUGUUCCUCGGGGACAUCCACACAGAGCCAUCACAGCGGCUCUACUACAAACCAUCCAGCUACCAGACCGCCCUACAAAACGCCAAGAAUCACGACCACGGCUGCAUCGCCUGUCGCAUCAUCUACCGCUCUGACGAGUUCCACCCUCCCAUCCUGCCCCCACGCGCCGACCUGACCGUGGGUUUGUACGGUCAGUGGGUGAGCCAGCGCUGCGAGGUUCGUCCCGAGGUCCUCUUCCUCACCCGCCACUUCAUCUUCCACGACAACAACCACACGUGGGAGGGCUAUUAUUACCACUACUCUGACCCCGUCUGCAAACACCCCACCUUCACCAUCUACGCCCGAGGACGCUACAGCCGAGGGCUUCACUCCACUCGGGUCAGGGGCGGGACCGACUUUGUCUUCAAAGUCAACCACAUGAGAGUGACGCCCAUGGACUUGGCCACGACCUCCCUCCUCAACGUGUUCAAUGGGAACGAGUGUGGGGAGCAGGGUUCCUGGCAGGUCGGCGUGGAGCAGGACGUCACCAGAACAAACGGCUGCGUGGCGUUGGGGAUCCGGCUGCCUCACACCGAGUACGAGCUCUUCCGCAUGGAGCAGGACGCCCGCGGCCGUUACCUGCUCUACAACGGCCAGCGUCCCAGCGACGGCUCCAGCCCUGACCGACCGGAGAAGCGGGCCACGUCCUACCAGAUGCCCCUGGUGCAGUGCUCGGCGAGCAGUCACGUGUCAGACUACAGCCACGGGGACGGUGGCGAGAGGCCGCCGCCGCGCCACAGUGGCUGUGUGGGACGUCACACACAAACCGCGGCGUUGGCUGCUUGUGUCACGUCUUUGCUCCUUUUCUGGCAAAGCUAGAGAGCAACGUGACCCUGGAUUACGAGGGUGAAAACUUUUCUGAGGAUGAGGAUGAGGAUGAGGAUGAGGAGCGGUGCCUCUGAUCGUCUGAAGACUCUGACACUGCUGCGCCACAGAAACUGCACUUUACUGAGGAGCCGGGGACCGAGAUGUCUCUGUUUCCACAAAUAUACGAAGAUGUUUAUAUGUCACAGACCUGAGAGUACGUCUUAUAUACGUCCAUGUAUUUACUUACAAUUACCACACGUGAGUGGGUACGUGGAGACACUUUACGUCUGUUUACAGUAAAAGCUUUUUCUUUAAAUACAGUGUGAACAUUUUAUUUUAGAUCAAAUACAACGGCAUCUAUUUCAUCUGCUGGUUGUAAAGAAGAAUUCAUUUCACUUCAGCCUUGAUGUCCUGAUUAAAAUGCAGCAAGUCAAAAUAUUGAUGAGACAAAUUAUUACUGUGGUGAAUGUGGACAGAGCUACAGUAUGACGGGGUAUCAUCACCACACUGAAGAAAGACUCAAGUCCUACUGCAGUAAUAUUACUUGUACUGACUCUCACACAUGUAACCAGCAGCAGCCACAGUCUCUUACACAAUCAAGUCCUGAUACUGAUGCUGAUACUGAUACUGAUACUGAUGCUGAUACUGAUGCUGAUACUGAUGCUGAUACUGAUGCGGUGCUGAUGUGACAAAAGAUGAAGUAUUUUCUCAUAUUAAAGUAACUUCACAAGA